AUGGAUGGCAGCAUGGAUGCUCAGGCAACUGACCCGUCAGGACUGCAGCAAAUGAACAGAAGCUGGGGGAGAGCGCGGGCUGGUGCUGUACGGAGCUCUGGCGCAGAAGGCGCUCACCAGGGGUGCCCAGAGCCGGGGUCUGUGCGCCGCGGGCUGGAUCCGGGUCACAGGCUCUGGGUGGACAGAGCGAGAAGUCAAAAUGAGGAUGUACUCCUCAGAUGCUCACGAAAGGCCUCCUUCCCCUUCUUUGGGAACGACCCCCCCAUCCCCUCCCCCCGACAGGCAGCCCCAGGCCGCGCCAGGACUCGGCCGCAGGCAACUCGGAGGAGCGGGAGCCCAGGGGCCUCGGGAGGGCCUCGGGAGUCGGGAGCUGUAAGCGCCCUACAGUUUGCAUGGGAAGGCAACAGGGACUUCCCUUUUGCACUGUCUGCGGGUACCGCUGUUCCAGCCCUGAGAGGACGAGGGGACGCUGCGCUGUGGGGAAAGUCCGGGUGGCAGGAGGUGGCGGGGCUCUUGGAGGAGGUGCUGGGAUGCGCUGCUGUGGCUGCAGAGAAAGGUCCCGAGGACGCAACCUGCCCCUUCCCCCGAACUGCGAAGGAGCCCCGCGGGGAGGACGGGCAGGGUCUCCCGGAGGGAGGAACAGGGGAGCCUGGAGUCUCAGGGUUGCGGGGAGCAGAGGCGUUCUGGGUGGUGAACGUCCCCAGCCUGCCCUCCCUGCUCACUGCGGAGUCGCGCACCGGCUCUGCUCCAGGCCUUCCCUCAGCCCUGGCCUCCAGGCAGUUUCCAUUUUUGCCAGGUGGAUUCUGUGCGGCUUCAUUUAUUCAGAAUCUGGAUCAACAAAUGAACACUCAGAGAGGAAAAGGGUGUUUGGAGGGGUGGAGAGGUUUCCAAGCAGGUGCCCACCUGAGGGCCCCCUGA